AUGAAUCUUCUUCUGCCACAUUUAAGCACAAUGAGAUCAUUUGACUCACGGACCUCGGAGCUGAAUCAAAUUAAGCCAUUCGCACAAAGACUGUCUGAAGUGGCUGAUCAGAUGAACAAUCAAUUUCGACCCAAUUUGGGACAGUCCUAUCGUCGAAUGCAGACGGAAUUUUUCUCAUUGUUGAUCCGCACACAGAGUUCGGUGGUCCCAAAUCUCUGUGGAAUAUCCGUGUUCGUGGUCGUGACAUGGUGGCUAUUACGCAAUCGAUGA